AUGUCGAGCCAGCAAACUGAAAAGGAACACAUCCCCGAGGCCUACCAUGCCAUGCUCUCUGAUAAGCAGCGAACGGCUUUGGCAGAGUCAAGGAAACGGAUGCGUCAGGCUUCCUCAGCGUCGAGUGCCUCUACCUCUUCAAAUUUUCUGGCCACCAAGAUAGACGCCCUUGAAUCAGAAGUUGACUAUAUUGAAGACUGCAAAACUGCUAUCCAUGAUCUCUCGCGUCUCGGACGCCUGCCACCCCUUGUGGCGUUAGAUACCAUCAAAGAUCUGGCACUCGCAUCUAUGCCACUAAACAGAGAAAUCCGUGUCAUUAAACGCCAGAAGAAACUCGUACAGGAAGACAUGGAAGCUGCAAUGCCCCACUAUAAAGAGCUCGAGUCUGCAUAUGUCGAUGCCAUGGUGGCUAGGAUAGCAUCAGCAUCCGGGAACCAGACAAAGACCAAGUUCAAGGCAAAUUCUUUCCGCCAGGCUGUUGAAGAUUUUUACGAGGCAUCGAAAAUAGAGGAAACGGACUUUAUGCCACGCAAACUCGCAUUCUGCCAUGUCAUAGGGUGGCUCCCGUCGAAUGAAGUCCGAGCAGCCCAUCUUGUCCCCAAGAGCCUAGAUGAAAUGUCAGUUGCCCACUUAUUUGGGGCUGGGGAAGUUACUAUAGAUGACCCUAGAAAUAGUCUCAUGCUUGAAAAGAACAUCGAAAUGGCAAUGGGCAUGGGAAACGUAGUGAUUGUACCAGUGAAAGCACCAUCAGCCGCAGAUGAAAUUAUCCAAUGGAAACUCGUCAUCACAGACCCAGCCUUACUCAAGCAUGUCGCUACCGGUGGAGCCAAGUGGAAUUUUCUACAUGGCAAGACGUUGACAUUCCUCGGCCACCACCGGCCUGCUAGCCGGUACCUCUACUUCCGGUACUUCAUGACGUACCUGAUGCUGAAAAACCAGGGCAGGCUGGACUGGGUGCAGGAGGUUGAGACCGGGAAGUGUAUGUGGGCGACACCCGGCGAGUAUCUGCGUCGCUCAAUGCUCAUAAACCUCGCUCGCCGGGUGUCCGACCACUACCUCCUCGAGGUAUUCUAUAAAUCCACGACGUUCGAUGGCGACGACUCCACUACUAACGUGGACGAAACCGAGGACACCUUGGCCAUCAACCUCGCAAACAGCAUGUUGAUACCAUCUCCUUCUAGCAAAGAGGGGGAUGAUGCUGAAGAUGAGGAGGAGGAGGAUGAGUAG